ACACAAUCCCAGUUACAAACAAUUUCUACCUUUUCGUUCGACCCAAUUCAAUUUUUUUCACCAAGUUUGAAGCUUUGGUGCUUUUCAGCCACACCCAUCUUCCCCGUUUCAUAAUGUGUGAUUGAUUCUGAGCUGUUGGUUUGGUUCUUGAUACGUUGUUUGUUCUGAAUCUUCUCACCAGUCACUGGGUACAAACGAGAAAAGGAUAUUGUCAUACAAAAAAGGAAGUUAAGAUCAGUGAAAUUUUAAUGGAGUGAGACAUAGAAGCUGAAAUUGAGGACAUGAGAGUCUUUUGGUAGACCCUUUCUAUUUAUGGGAGGCUUAUUACACAUUUUUGAGUUCAAUCAGGGGAGGAUGGCCAAGAAAGUCCAUGCUCGUAAGAAACAUCAUGGUGGCCUGGAAGCUCCUCGGAAUAGUCUAGAUCUGCAAGUAGAAACAUCUCAAAACUACUGUCCACAAGGAGAAUCACCGUACUAUUAUAAAAUAGAAGAAGACUGGUCUAAGAAUAGUCGGCAUUCAAACGUGGGUUCAAUGAAAAAACUAAUCAACGAGGAGCUAUCCAAACGAUCAAGCACCAGACAAAAUGCACCAAGCAUUGUGGCAAGGUUGAUGGGGAUAGAUAUGAUGCCAUCAGACACUAAAUAUGUUGUUUCAUCAGAUAAAAGAGUAAGUGAAAACAUGGGGAAGAUGUUUUCAAACAAGGGAAUGAAUGAAAGGGGUUCUUCCAAAUUUAAUUCUUCUAGCCAGAUGGAAUUGGAUUCAUUUUAUCAUGACAUAGAUGAUGAUGAUGGAUGGACCCAGAGUUUUGGAGAACCAAGGCCACGGGAACAUCCUCAGGAAGAGGAACUGCAAAAAUUCAAGAAAGAGUUCGAAGCAUAUCAAGCAGCAAGGUUUCUAGAGUGUUCAAAGUUUGCUGAAAUUGGCAGUGUUUCUAGACAAGUGCUAGCUCAAGAGAACCUGAACAAGGAAAAGGUGACACAUAAUGCAAGUGUACAAAGAGAAGCAACAGAGAAACUUGCAGAGCUUGCCAACCACUCAUUCAAAGCAGAGAUACCUGACAUUGGCAGUUCAGAAUAUCGUGGUGAUACAUUGGGGUUAAUCCCUGCUAGGCAAAGGAAAACCUUUCCUUCAAGGAGCAGAACACUAAGUAGAGACUUUGAGGAGUCCUUAAUGUUUAAAUCUCGUAACAGAUUAGACACGUCUCCUUCUCCAACUCGGAUAGUUAUCUUGAAGCCUGGUCCAGAUAGCUCUUGCAACCUUGAAGAGAAUUGGACCAGUUCAUCAAGCACUUUACAAGGGAGAAAUAGUAUAGAAGAUUUUCUUGAGGAGGUGAAAGAGCGUUUGAAAUGUGAACUGCAAGGGAAAACUGUCAAAAAAGGUUCUGUGGUCCGAGGAAGUGAAAUUGAGGCACCUUACAAUGAAAAACCAUCUGUAAGGUCAGAAUCAACAAGUUCAUACAAAAGUGAAAUGCAGUUCAAUGAACCAAGUUCCCCAGAAUUUAUCAGUAGAGAUACCAGGAAGUUCUUAUCAGAGAGGCUGAGAAAUGUUGUGAAAAGGGAAACACAUCUUGACAUUCCGGGGGGGAACUCAAGGUCACAUGCAUUAGAUAAUCACAGAGUUCGACUAAAGCAAACAUGGGAUAAUAUGAAGUGUGAAAAUGACAUGAACCACUGGGAAAUUUCAAAAGAGGAAACACAAACAGGAUCUUUCAGGCACGAACCAGAUGACAAUUUAUUGCUCCACAAGGAGUUGUCCCCAAGGAACCUUGUAAGAUCCUUGUCUGCUCCUGUAUCAGGAUCGGGAACAUCAUUUGGGAAGCUUCUUCUAGAGGACCGUCACGUAUUAACUGGUGCCCAUAUUCGGAGGAAGCUUGAAGCUGUUGAAACCAUGUCUGUUGAUGAUAAAAAGCGGAAAAAAAAUAGAUUUAAUAUUAAAGAAAGAGUCUCCAAUUUUAGAUAUAGUCUUGCUCUGAGAGGGAAGCUUUUUGGUAAAAGGGUUCAAUCAAUGGUAGAAUCACAUGGCAAUGAAUAUGAUCCAAUGGUGAGAGAUGUCACAAGUGGACCAACAGUUCUCAUGAACUAUGGUGAUAGGCAUGAGAACUCCACUGAGGUACCUCCUAGUCCUGCAUCGGUGUGCAGCAGUGUUCAUGAAGACUUUUGGAGGCGGACUGAAUAUUUAAGUCCAAUAUCAACUCCAGAUGUAUCUUCAAGAGAUGAUAAUGUUGUGCCCCAGGUUUUCAGAGAUAUCAGCUCUGGUUUGAAUGAGCUAAGGAGGCAACUCAGUCGACUUGAAUCUGAUGGUGCUGAGGACUUCACUGCGAAACAUGAGCCCAUUGAUUCAGAAUUAAUUCAAUUAGAGGAUCCAGCAGAAUCUUACAUAAGAGAUUUACUUGUUGCUUCAGGACUGUACUUUGGUUCAUGGGAUAAAUCUUUAUUAAGAGGGGACACAUUUGCAAAGCCUAUUGGCAACUCAGUUUUUGAAGAAGUGGAAGAAUCUCAAAAGAAAUUGGUCAAGGAGAAUGAUGAAAGUUAUAUAAAGGAUCAGAAUGAGAAUAAGCUAGACCAUAAGGUUUUACAUGAUUUGUUAAAUGAGGCACUUUCAGUUGUUCUUGGACCUCCUUUGACGUUUUCAAGAUUCAGAAGGAAAUUAAGCAACUCUUGCAUGUUGCCACCACCUUGCGGAAAGGAACUGCUGAACUUAGUAUGGGACAUUAUCCGUGUUUCUUUAUAUCCUCCAUCUGACAUGUUUCCUUAUUCACUUGAGAGUUUGGUGGCUCAACACCUGAGAUCCAUACCCUGGUCCGGAUUAAUAAACGAUGAGAUCAAUAUAUUGGAGAGAGAGAUAGAAUGUCUAAUAACUGAUGAUCUGGUUGAAGAACUCACAAAGGAUAUGCUCUGAGUUGUAGUGACAAAUAUCCUUUUACAUAACCAUUGUGACAAUAAAAGAUUUAUGCACAUUGGAGCGAGGCUUAUACAUUAUUACACAAAUUGGAAGAUAACAGCAUAAUUGAUGUAGUUGUGUUAAUGGAAUACUGCAUGAAUAUGUACAUGUACAUAUAUGUAGUAUUUGGUGUGAGUGUUUGUGAUAUAGGGGGCAUUGAGUUUUGGUAAAUCAUACUGUACAUAACUGGCAUGAAUUAUUAAGUUAUUUU